CAAAGUCAAUGCUGUUACCCUAUUGAAUUUCUAUGGCUAACGGCACUAACUUGAAGAGAGAGAAAGAAGAGAAAGCAAAGCUCCUCCCGUCCGAAUCGCCCUGUCCCUCGUGUGUGGCGGCGGGCGCAUUCUCCAGAGCGCGCGCGCGCGCAGAAAACAAGCUCCAUUUUCUCGCCUUUGUCUAUGCUCCAUCGCAUAUCGCACACACACCUUGA